CCGCUCGACAGUUGGUGGGUGCAUGACCAACCUCCACCAAGACGCAUCUGGCCGAAUUUUGAUCCGUCGCGACAAGCCAGCGCAUAGUUACCAGCGAAUCAGCCCGCGCCCGAAUCGAACAAUUGCCAUCUUCCGAAGCUGAUCGCAUCGCUAAUAUCAUCCACAAUGUCGCAGCAGCCUUUGCCCGCGACGGCACAGCCCACCGACAUCUACGGUGGAGACGAAGUUUCUGCUCUCGUUCUGGACCCUGGAUACUGCACGACCCGUGCAGGCUUCGCUGGCGAAGAUGUCCCCAAGUCCGUCCUCCCCUCCUUCUACAGCCACAUCACAAGCGACCCUCCCAAGGACGUGUUUGGCGACGAGUGCAUAAUCCCACGCGCCAAUUGCGAGAUACGCAACUACAUGAGCCGCGACAGCGUGGUGGAAGACUGGGAGACCGCGUCCAAGGUCUGGGAACACAUGCUCAUCAAGCGUCUGCAGCCCGAGCGCCAGACCCCAGCCUCCAAGAACGGCCUCAACGACGAGGCCAAGGACAAGGACGGCGAGGGCGAUGUCGCCAUGGAUGAAGUCGAAAACACAGAAAAGCCCCUGCAGGAGAACCCGUUACUCAUUACCGAGUCUCCCUGGAACACGCCUAAGGAUCGCGAGAAGGCCAUCGAGCUGGUCAUGGAGAGCUGGGGUUGCCCCGCCUUCUGGCUCAGCAAGACUUCUGUUCUGGCUGCUUUUGCUGCUGGCAAGGCUACUGCUCUUGUCCUCGACGUCGGUGGCGCAAACACAUCCGUCACCGCUAUCCACGACGGCAUGGUCCUCAAGCGAUCGAUCCAGCGCUCGCCUGCUGGUGGUGUUUGGCUGUCGUCCCAGAUCCGCAACCUUUGGGAGACAUCUGAGCCCAAGGUCAACCUCGUUCCUACAUACAUGGUGGAGAACAAGACCCCUGUUGAUGCGCUUACCGCCGCUCAAGUGCGCCUGCGCAAGUUCCCCUUCGAGAUCAGCGAUUCCUUCAAGGCCUAUGAAGAAGAGCGCGUCCUGACCGAGUUCAAAGAAUCUGUCGUCGAGGUCUGGCGCGGUCCCGGCCGCCUGAGCGCUCCCGGAAACGAGGAUUACGUCAAGACGCAGCCCGGCCGCGUCUUUGAGAUGCCUGACGGCUGGAACCAGAUGUGGCGCGAGCAGCGCUUCAAGGUCUCGGAAGGCAUGUGGGAUGAGAACGCCGGACUCCCCGUCGCCGAGAGCGAGCGCCUGACCAAGGCACAGACUAUCCCUGAGCUGAUCCGCGCAUCGCUGAGUGCUGUGGAUGUCGAUCUGCGCGGCAACUUGCUGAGCAACAUUGUCGUCACUGGCAGCACGACGCUGAUUAAUGGCUUCAACGACCGCUUGAACAAUGAGCUGGCGACGAUGUAUCCCGGCCAAAAGAUCAAGAUUCACGCUGCCGGUCUCAGCAGUGAGCGCCGCUUCGGCUCCUGGAUCGGUGGCAGCAUUCUCGCCAGCUUGGGCACGUUCCACCAGAUGUGGAUUUCGAGGAAGGAAUACGAGGAGAAUGGUGCUGGCAUCGUUGAGAAGCGCUGCAAGUAAAAUUAGAACGCCAGCAGGCUUUGGGAGAAAAGGAUACUUGUAUUGGCGUAUGGAGUUGAGCGGAGGCUACAUUUAGUAACCUUUGCUUCUUAUUUAGGAACAGGCUGCGCGAUGAAAUAAAAACUAUAUUACAUGAUAUUCACCUUUCUAAAAUAACUCAAGGCUCAUCAACAAGCUGUUGUUCUUGCUGCUGCUCUUCUCGUCUCUUCUUAACCCAUGUCCCCAAUUCGUCCCAUAUCUCUUGCUUUUGCGCUGGUGAGAGUGUCGCAGCCAGGCCGCUUGUGCUGGACGCGACAAAGACUCUGGCGCCUUUCCAUCCAUCUUCACCGGCUAUGAUGCCCAUAUUCUCGGAUUCAUCCUGCCAACCGUACUUGAAGGCCUUCCCGAUGGCGCGGCCGUGUCUUACACGCCAUAUGCUCUCCCAAAUACUCUUGCCGACAAUGCACAUGGACUCUGGGCGCCAUUUGCGUGCUUUUUCGUGCAAGGCUUCUACUCCAUCAUCCAUCUCCUGCUUGCUUAGCUCAGCACCAUUACGGCUCGGCCGGCUGACAAUGUUGGUAAAGCCAAGCUUGUACAGUUGCGGCAAGUCACGGUCCUCUUCGGGACGGCAUUGCCUUGGUGUGACUCCGCUAGAGUACAAGAGCUUCCAGAAGAGGUUGGACGGGUGUGCGUAUGCAUGACCACUUCUAGCAGUCUGCACGCCGGGGUUGAGGCCUACAAACAGAACAAUGAGGUUCUCCAAGAUCGAAUCUGGGAGAUGGGCGAGGUGCGCGUAUGUCGAGGGGGGUGCGUAGCUAGAGGGCACAUUUUUACGCUUGCUGCGCUUUGAAGGCGAGGUUGUGUCUGAAGAAGCUCGUUUCUUAGGGCUCGAUUGUCCACUAGCAAGCACGGAUUGCUGCCGCGAGCUUCGUCGAACGGGCUGUUUGUCUGAUGGAGCGUGCAUGAAGGCUUGGAGAUUCAGAGAGCCUGCAAAGGAGGAUGUAGCUGAAGAGUCUAGGAUAGCUUCAUUAUCAGAAAGUUCGGCGUCAGAGGGCAUCCUGGAUGGCCUAUUUUAUAAUCCAAGCUAUGUCUGGUGAUCAAUUGGUUCGUGCAGGAGAUGGCGGCGUGGAAGCGCGUGAGCGUGAAUUUGGGAUUCUACGGUAUUCCGUGAGGCAGGGUUGAUGAGCUGGCGGCGUGACAUACAGAUAUUCUUUCCAGUCUACCUAUUUAGUUUAAAAAUCUUAAAAAAAGAAAUUAAUCCCAUUUGUCUAUAUCUUAGUAUACGAUGUUUUGUAUAAAUAUUUUACACGUAUCGACUCUUAGAUGGAUGCUAAGUGUAAAGUUUGUGUACGAUACAAGUUUGAAAUAACAGUAUUGGGUGGUGACCACUUGUAACGUUUGCUUACCUGCAGGAGCGUUGAUGUUAAUUUUGCUCGAGAAUAAAACGUCUGAUUAUCAAAUCAUCUCUUCAAUAUCAUUGUAAAACAAUGACGUCGGUUUGGAUUGAAGCCAGGCUCCGAGAUCGUGGAUCUUCAAUCCCAUUGUCCAGUGCUUCUAUUUCGAGAACCAGAGCCAGAGGCGCAGCACCGUAUUGGCCCCUCCAGCCUGGGCAUCUCCACUAAAGCACCAACCAACCAAGGCAGUGCAAUCACAUCAGCUUCUUCCGAUUGUUUUAAUUUUAACGGGGAUUCUUUUAAUAGAUGCAAAUAGAUGCAGUGACGAUGUAAAUGACGACACCGUCUCCAUUGCUGCUGCCGGGUUCUCCUAACUAGGCUGACUCGUAUAGGGUGAAUCCGAUUCACCAAAGAGUGUGGGAACAGAACAGCGACCCUCUGUCAGGCCACCGCCCCAGCAACGACCAGGCCUAAGACGGUGAGCUUCGCUUAUGAUUAUCGUGCGAGCGUGUUACGGUGGUAGCCGAGCGAGCGCCAUGACGUAGCGGCGGAACGAAACGAGAGAGCGUUGCAACGGGGGCAGGAGGUGUCUGCUGUAUGUACUGUAGCGUAGGGGCAGAGGCAAUUUAGCAGCUAUGCAGUGAAUAUGGAGGGCGAGAGAGAAAAGGUGCGCAAUGGACGCAUUACAAUUGGCUCUGGAGGGGUGCAAUAAUGCAAAAUGCACAUACUUUGUAGACCAACCGGCAAUGCCCGCUAGCUUGCCCGAUAAACCAGCAGGCAAUCGCCAUCUCAGCAGCGGCUCUUUGUCAAAGGGGGCAAUCUCAGGGCUGCGCUGGGCCCCGUGGCACAGGGGAUGGGCCGCCACGGGUUCAGGCGGGCUUUCAGGGCUUGCUGGGCGGCUGUAAUUGGCGCUGGCGGUACUGUAAACUUGGGCAGGGUGGUUUGGUAGACAGCCUCGUCUGAAGACGCUUUGUCCCUGUCAUCCUGGC